UUCUUUUUUAAAUUUGAAAAAAGUGAAUGUUAGCGAUUUCUGCUCAGCUACGAGAGUAUAAUCAGUAGCGGCAACGUUUUCCAAGAUGUCGGACGCAGACUGGGAAAAGGAAGAUUUUGGAUUCCAACACGUUGUCAGUGAUAAAUGGGAAGGAGAAGACGAAGAGGACGACGUUAAAGAUAAUUGGGAGGAUGAUGAAGAGGAAAAGAAAGAUGUAAAACCUGAGGAAAUGACGACUAGUGUUAGAGCUUUUCAAAAAAAGAAAAAACGACCCAUAGCUGAAAUCAUAGCUGAAAAAGAAGCUCAACAAGAAAAAUUGAAAGAUGAAGAAUCCAGAAGUAAGCAAGUUGAAUCGCCAGUAGAUCCGAAUGCUGAAAAACUUCGGCGGAGGCAGCUUCAAGAAGAAUCUGACCUUAAAUUAGCAAAAGAAGCUUUUGGAUUAGUGGAGGGAGCUGGUAUUGACCAAAUGAGUCCAGAAUCAGAAGAAGAUUUUAUAAAAUUUGAAGAAGCAUUAAAAGAAAAGAUAACAACAUUUGAGAAAUCACCACACUAUACAGCAUUUUUAGACAAGCUAUUUACAGACCUUAUUAUUAAUGUUGAAUCUGAUGAAAUUAGAAAAAUUAAUGCAUCACUUAGCAGUAUGUACCAUGAAAAACUGAAACAACAAAAGGAAAAUGAGAAAAAGAAGAAAAAGAAAACUAAAGCAUCUAUAAAGUUUGGUAAAGAAAAUGACUUAGAUGAUAUACGCUAUGAUGAUUUUGCAGAAGACUUUAUGUAAGAAAUAUCUGAUGUGUGUGCCCCUGGUCCAUUGGCUGUGGCUAUAGAUUGCUACUUAAUAAUUAAUUUGAUACUGUCAGCAUGAUAGAAAGUUUAAAAAACAGUAUUGGUGGUGGUGCUUGUGGUGCAGGGUAUCUGACUUUUGUAUUUUCCCACAUUGACGUCACCUUCACUGCUGUUUGAUGGAGCAUGCAAACUGGAACAAUAAAUGAACUUGUACAUUUAAAUAGGUUGGUUAAAUAAAUCACGAUGCUUUUACAUGGUGGAUGACAUCUCAAUGGCACUUAACUCAUUGGUCCAUGUGCCUUGGAUGGCUUCUCUACUGACUUUUGAACCAUUUGUAAAAGAAAGAAAUCAAUUUACUAUUAUGUAGAGAAUCUUAAAGAAGACCGGCUUAUUGGUGCCAUUGCUGACAAACAUUAUCUCAAUUCCAGCUCUCUUAAUUUCUUCCUUUCCUCUUUCUUUUCCCCCUCCUCCUAUCUCUAUUAUAAAAAUUAUUUAUAAUAUAAAUAUUCUAUUAAUAAAUAUUCUCUACGUA